AUGGCAGAGUUUAGCCAGUACAAGACGGAAGAGUUGACUCCGUAUGCAAUUUCACGAAUGGUGUGGGGAUAUGCUUGUCUUUCUGCGCGGAAUGACCCACUGAUGUCUAUUCUAGCUGCAGAGGUUGUGAAGAAGAUCAGAGGCUUCAAACAUCAAGAACUCGCCAACACAGCUUGGGCAUUUGCAAAGUGCGGGUUGUGGAAUGACCAGCUCGCUCGAAGCCUUGCAUCCCAAUGCUUGGAUCAAAUGGAGGACUUCUCAACAGAAAGUUUGUCGAGCGUUGCCUGGGCCAUGGCACAGUGGAGUACGCAGGAGGAGGGCCUCCUACAAAAAAUGGGGGACUCGCUUCUGAGUAAGAUGGAGACCUUUGAACCUGGACCGAUGUCCACCAUUGCUUGGGCAUUCUCGACUCUGAACUUCAAGCAUGAGAAGCUGACCAACGCCAUUCUGGUCGAGUCCACGCGGAAGAUCUCGAGUUUUUCGAUCAAGGAGGUGGCUCACCUUGCAUGGGCUUUCGCCAACCUGCGAGUGCCUGACACACAACUCUUUUCCAAAAUCGCAGAGCAUGUUGAAAGGAGUGAUGCAGCUAUGCAACCAGCUGAGAUUGCCAACAUGGCUUGGGCGCUUGCGAAGAGCCACCUCGUGCGAGAACCUAUCAUGAGGCGCUUGGCGCAGGAAGCAGUGAACCAGAUUGGAGGCUUCAAAGCAGCUGAGAUCACCAUGCUAACGUGGGCGUGUGCUGUGAGCAAUCAGAAAGACCUGCAAUUAAUGCUCGAGAUCGGAUCAAAGGUGUCGCAGCGGUGCUCAAAGUUCACUCCGCCCCAGCUGAGUCACAUCAUUUGGGCCUUUGGGGCACUCGGCAUGAGGCAUAUCGACCUGUGUGAAUCUGUUGCCAAGUGCUGCCAGUCAGCUUUCGUGACAACAGACAACUCUGGCACCAGCUACAAUGCCAAUAGUUUGACGCAGGUGGUUUGGGGCUUUGCAAGUGUUCAAUACAGGAAUGUUUCGUUCAUGCAUGAAGCUGCGAAAUACAUCAUCAAGUCGGGAGUAUCAGCUUUGAAGCCCUUGGCACUUUGGCGGUGUGCUUCUGCGUACAACUCCAUGUUGAUGAACAACAAGGAAAUCAAACAGGCCUUGGUGGAGGCAUGCAACAAAAAGAAUGACUUCUCCUUGAAGGGCUUGACCCGUUUGCUGGAGUGCUAUACCAUGUGCCAUCCCUCUCCAGAGCAGGAGACUCUUGAACAGGUCUUGGAUGCACGGCUUGAAGCUGUAGCUUUGCAACUGAGCCAGCUUUUCACGCCUUCUUUUCCAUCUGACAUCCCAGACCCGGACCCUAAGAUCCUGGAGUUCCUGAUCCAGUCGGGUCUUUUGGACUUGCAAACGCAAGGGCUGAAGUUCAUUCUCAAGAAGCUCCAAUUCAGUACGCCCAGCUGGUCUUUCAUGUCCAAGUGCUUGAAGAAUUCGAGAGCUUCUUCUCAGUUGUCCAAGACUUUGGUUAUCGCGGAGAUUGCGAUCGCGGGUUUGGCUCCUUUCAUGGUAACACGCAGCGACAAGAGCGCCUGUACCCUAGUGGCUUUGCGGCGAAGAAGCGGUUUGUGGAAGUAUUUCCAGCUGCCUCGCCAGAUGGCAAGGUUAUGCAGUCUGCGCUUGAGAGUGUGUGUGCAAAACUUCUCUCAGACCAUGGCGAAGAAAGUCAGGCCCAGGACGGUUGCCUCCAGAUCAUGCUGUCUCAGAAGGUUCAUCCUACUCCUUCCGCGAAUAUCAUCGCCCUGCUACUUCAAUUUCGAUCCAAAUUUCCCAAGGUCAAGAUUUUAUUUACAGAAAUAUUGUUGA